AUUCGGCAAUCGGCUAUUGAUAAAGUAAAUAAAAGGCUCUACGAUAAAAGGUUAAAUAAUUAUAUUUCGACUAAUAUUUGAAAAUUCUACAUUGAAAUGUCGAAAUCUCGAGGUAAUGAUAAUUGGAAAAGAACACACAACCCAAGAGGCAGGGGAUGGAGCGGAGACAGGCAAUCUGGACAUCGCAGACCUCCUGGAUUAAGAGGAAAAGAGAUUGGAAUGUAUUACAGAAAUCUUUAUAAAACUCAAAAGAAAAAAGACCCAAAAGUGAUGAACCUCAAAAUUCCUGCUACUAUACUAACAGAAGUUGAUAACAAUUUGACAAUUAUAGAAGAAAUUGCAUCAAAAGAAAAUAUAUCAAUAGCAAGCAUGAAUGAUAUUUUAUUUCAAAACUUUAAAAUACCAAAGAGCGAAAAAAUCAAAAGAAAUGAAUCUGAUUCAAAUAUGGACAGUGAAAAUGAUGAUGAAAGUGCAUGUAAAGACCAAAAACGAAACGAUUCUGCUGAAAAUUUAAAUAUAUCCUUUAAGAAUUAUCAAUCUGCUGCUAAGGAUAAAAUUGUAAAUAAUGAAGAAUUAAUGGAGGUUGAUCAUGGGAAUAAAAUUACAGAUAAAUCUGAUAAAGAAAUAUCAGACAAUGCUAGAUCAUGUAUUACAGAUUCUCUCCCUACAAAAAAGGAGUCAAGUAAAGAAAAACCAGCAUCUAAACCAACCAAUGAGAAAGUUUUUGCAUUAAGACAAGAAAAGCAUUUUAAAUAUGGAUAUGAAGACAUUAUAACAGGAACAUUUCAGGAGAAAUUAGACGAAAAUCUUUCAAAUGGUAUCCCAAUAUUAUCAUCAGAUGCAGAAACAAAUAAUCAUAAUGAGUUGUUGCAUAAAGAAUAUAAUAAUAUGUUAACAAUUUCUGCAUAUAAAAAGAUGUUGGAGUUUCGUAAAAUUUUACCAGCAUAUAAAAAAAGGGAUCAUAUUUUAGAUGUAAUUGAUAAAAAUCAAGUUAUUGUUAUCAGCGGUGAAACUGGAUGCGGAAAAUCAACACAGAUACCUCAAUUAAUCCUCGAUCAGGCUAUAAUAAGUAAAAAGGGUGCCAAUACAAAAAUUCUAGUCACGCAACCAAGAAGGAUAGCAGCUUCAUCUCUUGCCAUGAGAGUUGCUAAUGAAAGAGCCGAAAAGCUUGGAACUUCUGUAGGAUAUAGUGUAAGAUUAGAAAAAGUGGAACCGAGAACUAGAGGGAGUAUCAUGUAUUGCACUACUGGUGUUCUCUUAGUAGAAUUAGAAGUAAAUCAAGCAUUAACCAACUUCAGUCACAUAAUAUUGGAUGAAGUGCAUGAAAGAGAUUCCCACAUUGAUUUAGCUAUGUGCAUGUUAAAGCAGAUAUUAAAAAAACGCAAUGAUCUGAGACUUAUCUUGAUGAGUGCGACAUUGGAUGCCGAUGUACUAUCAAACUACUUUGACGAUUGUCCAGUCGUUCAUAUUGAGGGACUCGCGUACCCUGUAGAAGAUGUGUAUCUAGAAGAUAUACUGAAAUUCACCAACUUUAAAUUGGAAGAAGAACCGCCAAAACCUAAAAAGCCAAUAUGGAUGAAACAUAGAGACAAGGGUAAAGCUCACGUCGAUCCAGAUGAAAUGGAGAAAGAUAUACAAUAUAAAGCAGAAAUUGCACCGUGGCUUGAGUCAGUUAAAAAAGAUUUGACGCCUCAUGUCUAUAAAACGCUUCAAGAUUCACGAAUAGAAAAAUUGAACAUUAAUCUUAUACUUGAGCUGCUAAUUUAUAUCUGUAAAGGAGAUCCGGGCGCAAUAUUAGUAUUUCUGCCAGGAAUGGGUGAAAUUGGCAAGCUGAUUAGAAGUAUGGAAACUAGCAACCAGUUCCCGAGUUCGAGAUAUGAAAUAUAUCCGUUACAUUCAAAAUUAGCUACAUUGGAACAACACAAAAUAUUUGAUAGACCUCCCGAUGGUAUACGAAAAAUAAUAAUCGCAACAAAUAUCGCUGAGACUUCUAUUACCAUUGAUGACAUUGUGUAUGUUAUAGACUGUGGUAGAUUGAAAAUAAGUGGAUUAAAUGUUGUCAAAAAUAUAUCUACCUUAGACAUACAAUGGGUUGCGAAAGCUAAUUUGCGACAAAGACGAGGUCGUGCCGGACGAUGCCAGCCUGGUAUUUGUUACCACUUAUUAACUUCAUACCGUGCAAAUCAGCUCCCCGACAGACUGUUACCGGAAUUGCAGAGGAGUAAUCUGCUAGAGCCAGUAUUGAUGGUGAAGAAACUGCGUCUCGGUAUGGCCGUUGAAGCUUUCCAAAUGGUGCCUUCGCAACCAGCUAAGAGCACUGUUGAAUGGGCUGUGCGACAUUUACAAAAAUGUGGAGCGUUAGACGACAAGGAAAUAUUAACUCCCCUUGGCUGGCACUUGGCCCGGCUGCCCAUCCACCCCGCGGCGGGCAAGUUACUGUUGCUAGGCGCUCUCUUCGGUUGCCUCGAUAGAGCCGCUAGUGUUGCCGCUGUGUGGAGUUUUAAAGACCCCUUCCAGCUUGUACUCGGCAAGGAGUUUGAAACGAAACAGAUAAAACGAUCCUUGGCUUUGGGCGAACCUAGUGACCAUGUGGCCAUUUCUGAAGCAAUAAUGCAAUGGGAAAUGCAACCAAACAGGGAAAAGCGAUCAUUCGCAUAUGAAAACUACUUAUCAAGCAAUACAUUGGAAUUACUCCGCGAUAUGAAAAGACAAUUGGGAGACAAUUUGAAGCAAAUGGGAUUUUUGGCGAACGGCGAUAUACAGUCAGAGUGGGAGAAUCGUAAUUGGAAUAACAUAAGCCUUUUCAAAGCGAUAGUUGCUGCUGCAUUGUAUCCUAACUUGGCGCAAGUUCAUUGGCGUAAUUUGAGAAGUUACAAAAGGCCUGCAACGAUAACCGCAUACUGUCCAGAAGACGGUAAGGUGAAAGUACAUCCCAGCAGUGUGAUGACGCAACAAACGUCCAGAAAACACGUGCCUACUAGGGAACAGCUUUGCAAUAACCCUGGUGCGAACUGGCUUGUGUACUGGCUUAAACAGAAGUCCAGUGAUUUGUUCCUUAUCGAAGUUACUCUUGUGUACACGCUACCUCUGCUGUUCUUUGGAGAGUUUUUCGUUCAGGACGAUCCCGACGAUUCAAACAACUGUUUUAUGACCAUGUCAAGUAUAAAUGUGCGAUGCGAUAAAAAUACGACAAACAGAAUUCUCAAACUUCGUUAUUUGCUCGACAAAGUUUUAGCUAACAAAGUUAUGACGACGAGUACACGCCAUUCCGUUAAGCAUAGUGAAUUUGAAGAACAAGUUUUAAACGCUGUGAUACAACUUAUAACUGCUGAGGAUGAACAAGCUGAAUAUUACGAUGACGGCUCCUUUUCGGAUACGUCAGACAAAGAUAAUGCUUAUUAAUAUUUUUUAAAUAUGAACUCUAACAAAAGAGCAGAGAUCACUUUCUUGAAGCUCGUCGUCGAACAUGAGCAUUGAGCGUUCACAUUGUAAAUAAAUAAAUAUUUAAAUGAUAA